UUAGUCAGUGAUUACUAGUUGAUGGGAAACGAUGUGCGGCUACGUCUCGUUAUUUCUUAUCGCAGUGCUUCUCUUUCAGGAUGGGUUUUCUCAGCUUCUGGAUGAUGCAUGUGGUGGCCCACGGCAGUUGGUAUAUAGAAUAAGAGGAGGUAGAUUCGUGGAUACUGCUCCAUUUAUGGCAGCCAUUUACUAUGGUACUGACUUUCUGUGUGGUGGAACCCUUAUACACAACCGUUACAUUUUAUCGGCUGCACACUGUUUUACUGAUUAUAAAAAUGUAACCGUAUACUUGGGAAUGAUUGACCGAUCGUGCUCGAAACCGAAUUGCCCACACGUCCAGUAUCGCAAUGUUGAAAUUAUCAGUCAUCCCGGUUUUCAACCACCUGUCGUUGAUGAUGAUAUAGCUCUGCUGAAACUGGACCGUGAUGUGAUUUUUAAAGAUAACAUUUAUCCGAUUUGCAUUAUCUUGGAUGAGGAGGUAACAUCAGAUCCAAUCAAUACCUUUUCGGCCUACGGAUGGGGAAUAACGGAGAACGAAACGUUUAGUAGAGUGCUGAAAACCGUCACUCUCAACCGAUUGGAAUGCCCGAUGUCCAAUAUUUGCGCGGGCGGUAACUCGAAGGACACCUCAAGAGGCGAUUCAGGAGGCCCCCUGGCAGCGAGCACCCCGUACCGGGGUAGAGCUAGGUUCGUUCAGUAUGGUGUAGUAAGCCACGGAGAUCCGGACAAGAGCGACUGGGGCGUCUAUACAGAUGUGAAUAGGUUCAAACUAUGGAUAGCCAAUACCGUGCUGGAACCCGAACAGAGGCUUCUGACUGAGAACUGCAAAAGUGAUUGGGGUGGUAACGUUCUCGUCCGCCUAUGGGAGAUGUCACUGUUUGAGCACAAUUUCGCUGGAGCCCUAAUCACAAAUCAAUUCGUCCUGACUGUUGCAAGUGCUUUUCCAGAAAAAUUCAAUGGAAUGAAAGUAGAAUCCAAAUACUCGUAUAUGUAUGAAGUGGAUUGGUUUUACCUGCACCCCGAAUUCACAGCUUAUCCAUCUAUAAAGAAUAAUAUAGCUGUGAUUAAGCUAAGUAGGAAACUGCCAAAAUCAGAUCUCGAAACACCGAUCUGCAUGGGCCUGAAUUUGAGUCCUCCGAGGACGUGGAACGCCUACCUAUAUGGUCUCGAUGCUAAUGUGUUGGGCGUUCAAAGUGUGGAUCUGAAGGUAAUCGAUGAUUGCUCCGCGAAAACUAAAUUACCUGUAGAACGAGAUCAGUUCUGUAUCGAGAAACCUGAUCAAUUAAUGUAUGCACCCUAUGAAACACCUGGUUCUGUAAUAGGCACAAAACAAAUCUUUAAGGGCACCGAAAAAUAUCUUAUUGCUGCCCUAAUAAGUCAUACUCGGGACAAUGUCAUUGUGCUCACAAACAUUCAAGACCACCAAAAAUGGAUUGCGAAUGUUUUAAAAACCUAAAGAAUGAUUUUUUUAGUUGCUAAAUAAUUGCUAUAAUAAGCUAAUACAAUAAACUUAAAUCC